AUGCUUGACUACAUUUCCCUAGCUUUCGUGGUUGCUGUAAAAGUUUUCAAGAAAACAACUCCCAAUGGAAAAAUUACGGUGUACCUUGGCAAACGCGACUUCAUUGAUCAUAUGGAUUACUGCGAUCCCGUUGAUGGAGUCGUGGUUGUUGACACCGAGUACCUGAAAGGAAGAAAAAUUUAUAGUCAGCUUGUGACGACGUACCGCUAUGGUAGGGAGGAAGAUGAGGUGAUGGGUGUGAAGUUUUCCAAGGAAAUGGUGAUUGGCCAGGACCAAGUCGUCCCAAUGAUUAACUCGAAGAUGGAACUGACUCCUGUGCAAGAGAAGUUGCUGAAGAAGCUUGGCCCUAACGCCUUCCCUUUCACCUUCAAUUUCCCUGAGAUGGCGCCUAGCUCGGUAACUCUGCAACCUGCCGAGGAAGAUCAAGGCAAACCUAUGGGAGUUGAGUACUGCGUGAGGACUUAUGUUGCUGAGAAUGAAGAUCAGAAGAGCCACAAGCGUAGCUCUGUUACUCUUGCUAUCAAGAAGCUGCAACACGCACCUUCUUCUCGCGGUCGCCGUCUCCCAAGCUCUCUUGUGAGCAAGGGAUUCACCUUCAGCAAUGGCAAGAUCAACCUUGAAGUGACCUUAGAUCGUGAGAUCUACUACCAUGGCGAGAAGAUUGCAGCGAACAUCAUUGUUUCCAACAACUCACGGAAAGCUGUGAGGAAUAUUCGCUGCAUGGUCGUGCAACACGUUGAGAUUACUAUGAUCAACUCUCAAUUUAGCCGCCAUGUUGCCUCUUUAGAAAGCCGUGAAGGCUGCCCUAUCACACCUGGAGCAAGUUUGUCGAAGACCUUCUACCUGGUUCCAUUGGCUCGCAGCAACAAAGACAUCCGCGGCGUGGCUCUGGACGGCCACCUGAAGGAAGAUGAUGUGAACCUGGCCAGCUCUACCUUGGUAGUGGAAGGCAAAUGCCCAGCUGAUGCCAUUGGUAUUGUGGUUUCUUACUCCGUCCGAGUAAAGCUUAACUGCGGAACUCUAGGCGGAGAGCUCGUAACCGAUGUGCCAUUCAAGCUACUGCAUCCAGCUGAAGGCACCGUUGAACGCCAGCGCUUUAACGCGAUGAAGAAGAUGCAAUCCAUCGAAAGACAUCGCUACGAGAAUUCUCUAUACACCAACGAGGAGGAAGACAAUAUCGUGUUUGAGGACUUCGCUCGCCUUAGGAUGAACGAGCCUGAAUAAAUGUCAUCCUAAAAGUAACCCAACAAAAACAAAAAAAUGAAUAAUUUUAAAGAAAACUUAAAAAAAAGAAACUAAGCAAGCAACUACGAAACAUUUAAUUUGUGCAAAUAAAUCCCUGUUUAGUUAUGAAAAAAGUCUGCAUUAGAGUUCAUGUUAUAAUUUUUAACUGCAUUAAUGGCCACACCAGAUGAAGUGUUUACUCUCUCUGCAAAUGCAUAGUUGAAAAGUUAUUAUAGAACUUCGUCAUUGUCCACUUUCACGUCUUAAUACUUAUUAUUGUCUUUAUAAUAUUAAAUUAUUCUCCUUUUCACGUAAUAUUCAUUUAAUACUUUGUUAUAUCCAUUCAAUAUACUUCGGAAAUUGUAUAUAAAAUUAUACUUCAUGCGAAUUUUUUUAAUUUAAAUUAUUUAUGUAACAAUUGGCAUUAUGGAAUAUAAACCCCUUACCUUAUUUUAUUAUUGUAAAC